AAACUCAUUUAAGAGCCAGUAGCACCCAAAUCACGUCUUUGACGCCAGUGUUUUUCGAUAUAAAUACGUCCAAAUCGUCAAAUUGAGCGCCAGUUUACUUUGCAAGUUCCUCUCGUAACGACUAACAUUAGCAAAAAUGAAGUUCACAGUGGCCUUCACCCUGGUUAUCGUCUCCAUGGUCUCUGCCGACAUCCCGCGGCAAAAAAUCGAAAUCGUGCGAAAACCGGCCCCAUAUGUGGCCAGUGGUUGGGCCCCCACUGGACAACAAUUAAAACUCCCUGUUAAAGCAGUACCAACUCCUGCUCCUUCCUACGGACCACCACCUGCAGAAGCCACCACGACGGAAGAACCCACCACUACCGAAGCAAACACUGAGCGUUUGCUGUCCCAAAAGGCCGAGAAGGUUCAAGCUGAACCGGUGAAGGAAAAGUCGGAAAAAGUGGAGGAAAAUCAAGGAGGGCAGUAUUAUGUUGUUUUGCCACAAGGACAAAGUGUGGUGUAUACGGUGCCGCAAAGUGCGGCUCUUUUGGCGGUUCCUAAAGGGAAUGUGAUGGCGACGGCCAGGAUUCAGGCUGUGCCGCUGUCGUCCGUUGUUGCUUCCUCGGUUUAUACACCGUUUAGUGCGUCCUAUAUUCAGGUUUUUCAGUAGAUGGUGGUAACUUAUUGCUGUGAGAUUGUCUUGCAAAUAAAAUUUUAUGAAGAG